AUGAACUCCGUGCUUGCUCGGGGCGGCAAGUCGGUGUUGGCCCCAGCGGCGAGGGGGCAGCAGCAUCGUGGUAAUGGCAGCGUUGCUCGCGCAGCCGGUGCCCUAAGAACAGCAGUAGCAGGUGGGCGGCGAGCAGCAUCGCCAACACUCCAAGCUGCUGGCUACCAUCGCGCCGGACAGCAGCUAGCGAGGAGUAGCGGGGGGGCGGCUGUCGGGGGAAGGGAGCUCCACAACUCCGCCUCUAAGGUCAAGGAACCCGAAGAGGUGGUGGUGCUGUCUUCUUCAAGAACAGCCAAGAGCGUGGACAAGUCUGCCAUGCUGGAGGCCAGGAAGGGGAGGUUUCCUAUGGACAGGCCUUUCCCGGGCGUGCCUCCUCUCAAGCCUCCGGGCGCGUUGAAGAGGCCAGAAACCUUGACCACCACCCUGCCGAACGGCCUGCGCGUGGCAUCUCAAGAAACGUACGGGGCGCUGUGCACCUUCGGCAUUGUUGUCAACGCUGGAAGCCGAUUGGAGACCGACCUGAACACGGGGACAUGCCAUUUGCUCGAGCUCAUGGCCUUCAAGAGCACAGCGACGCGCUCGCACCAGCAGGUUGUGAGCGAAUUUGAGGAAAUGGGCGGAACGACUUCUACACACGGCUCGCGAGACCAGAUGCUGUACUGCGUGGACGUACUGCGGGACAACCUGGAGAGGGCCGUUGAGCUGCUGGCGGACACGCUCAUCAACCCUAGGGUUACGCCGGAGGAGGUGGAGGAACAAAAGGCGGUGAUCGGCUUCCAACUGGAGGACACGAUGCCCGAGGUCACAAUGCGAGAGUCCCUCAUGACGGCGGCCUUUAAGGGCCAGCCUCUCGGGCGCCCGUACUGGUGCCCAAAAUCGGCGCUCCCCAAGCUCGAGGCCAACAUGGUCCGGAGCUUCCGAAAGAGGCAUUUCACGCCGGGGAAAAUGGUGCUCGCGGGGGCGGGGGUAGACCACGAUGAGCUCGUCCGAUUGGGGAACAAGUACUUCGGAGGGCUCGAGGCCGUGGAGGGCGGCAACGGUGAUGUUGUUGAUGCUGCCGGACCGGCGGAGUCGAGCUACGUCGGGGGAGAGUCGCGCAACGUCGUUGCCAAGCAUAAGGACAAGUUAACCCGCGUAUCGGUGGCCUUCAAGGUGGGCGGCUGGCACGACGAUCUCCUCGUACCCACCUGCGUGCUUCAGGUUUUGCUUGGCGGUGGGGACUCAUUUUCCGCGGGCGGGCCGGGCAAGGGCAUGUACUCCAGGCUGUACCGAGAAGUGCUCAACAGAUUCUACUGGGCCGAGGCAGCGGAGGCGUUUUCCAUGAUCCACGACGAGACCGGGCUGCUCGGGAUAGCCGGCGCCGCGGCCGACAAGCUGAGGGCCGGCCAGCUGAUGCACGUCUUCUGCGAACACUUCGCGACCCUAGCCACGGUGCCGGUCACUGACGAGGAGCUAAGCCGCGCGAGGAACAUGCUAAAGUGCAACGUUCUCACGCACCUGGAGUCAAGGCUCGUGCUGUUCGAGGACAUCGGCAGACAGAUGCUAACCUACGGGCGAAGAGAGACGCCGGAGAGCCUGGUCCGGUGAGAACCCGGCGUGCUCCGUCCCGGCUUUGUAGGGAUGCGAGGUCAAUG